UUUGUUUUUCCUCUUGAGGUAGUGAAAAGCGAAUACUGAAGAAUAGGAUCUCAAGAUGAGUAAAAAGCCCCCAAAUCGUCCUGGAAUCACUUUUGAGAUUGGUGCGCGUUUGGAGGCACUGGACUACUUACAGAAAUGGUAUCCGUCUCGGAUUGAAAAAAUCGACUAUGAGGAGGGCAAGAUGUUGGUCCAUUUUGAGCGUUGGAGUCAUCGUUACGAUGAGUGGAUUUACUGGGAUAGCAAUAGGUUGAGACCCCUGGAGAGACCUGCACUGAGAAAAGAAGGGCUCAAAGAUGAGGAAGAUUUCUUUGAUUUUAAAGCUGGAGAAGAAGUUCUGGCUCGUUGGACAGACUGUCGCUAUUACCCUGCCAAGAUAGAAGCAAUUAACAAAGAAGGAACAUUCACAGUUCAGUUUUACGAUGGAGUAAUUCGUUGUUUAAAAAGAAUGCACAUUAAAGCCAUGCCCGAGGAUGCUAAGGGGCAGGUGAAAUCCCAGCAUCCACUAAGCUGGUGUUGUCCUAGCGACCCAGCUGGAUCGUGGAGCCAGUCUAUGGGAAGUGAGGAUUGGAUAGCUUUAGUCAAAGCAGCUACUGCAGCCAAGAAUAAAACAGGGAGCAGACCCCGCACCAGCGCUAACAGCAGUAAAGAUAGAGACAAAGAGGAGAGGAAAUGGUUUAAAGUACCUUCAAAGAAGGAGGAGACUACGCCUUCUAUAGCUUCAUCCGAAGUGGAGAAGAAGGAAGAUCUGCCCACGUCUAGUGAAACAUUUGGACUUCAUGUAGAGAACGUUCCAAAGAUGGUCUUUCCACAGCCAGAGAGCACAUUAUCAAACAAGAGGAAAAAUAAUCAAGGCAACUCAUUUCAGGCAAAGAGAGCUCGACUUAACAAGAUUACUGGUUUGUUGGCAUCCAAAGCUGUUGGGGUGGAUGGUGCUGAAAAAAAGGAAGACUUCAAUGAAACGGCUCCAAUGCUGGAGCAGGCGAUUUCACCUAAACCUCAAAGUCAGAAAAAAAAUGAAGCUGACAUUAGCAGUUCUGCCAACACUCAGAAACCUGCACUGUUAUCCUCAACUUUGUCUUCAGGGAAGGCUCGCAGCAAGAAAUGCAAACAUGAAUCUGGAGAUUCUUCUGGGUGUAUAAAACCCCCUAAAUCACCACUUUCCCCAGAGUUAAUACAAGUCGAGGAUUUGACGCUUGUAUCUCAGCUUUCUUCUUCAGUGAUAAAUAAAACUAGUUCUCCACAGCCUGUGAACCCCCCUAGACCUUUCAAGCAUAGUGAGCGGAGAAGACGAUCCCAGCGCUUAGCCACCUUGCCCAUGCCCGACGAUUCCGUAGAAAAGGUUCCUCCUCCCUCUCCAGCCGCUGAUGGGAAAGUACUCUCCAUCAGUUCUCAAAAUCAGCAAGAGUCUUCAGUACCAGAGGUGCCCGAGGUUGCACGUUUGCCACUUCAGAAGCUGGGACCCUGUCUCCCUCUUGACUUAAGUCGUGCUUCAGAAGUUUCAGCACCGCUAGCCCCAGAUCCCGUUUACCCUAAUGAAUGUCCCAGGCCAGAAAAGGAAGAUACACAGAUGCUUACGAAUCCUUCUUCCAAAGCAGUAGCUGAUGGAAGAGGAGCUCCAACAGCAGCAGGAGUAUCGAAAACAGAAAAAAAAGUGAAAUUGGAAGAGAAAAGCUCAACAGCAUUUGGUAAGAGAAAAGAGAAGGAUAAGGAAAGAAAAGAGAAGAAAGACAAAGAUCACUAUAAACCAAAACAGAAGAAGAAAAAGAAAAAGAAAAAGAAAUCCAAGCAGCAUGACUAUUCAGACUAUGAAGACAGUUCUCUAGAAUUUCUGGAAAGGUGCUCUUCUCCACUAACUCGAUCUUCCGGGAGUUCUCUGGCUCUGCGAAGCAUGUUUACGGAGAAAAAUACAACAUAUCAGUACCCAAGGGCAAUUCUGUCAGUUGAUCUUAGUGGUGAAAACUUAUCAGAUGUGGAAUUCCUGGACGAUUCUUCAACAGAGAGUUUGCUUCUGAGUGGGGAUGAGUACAAUCAGGACUUUGAUUCAACCAAUUUUGAGGAAUCUCAGGAUGAAGAUGAUGCUCUUAAUGAGAUUGUGCGAUGCAUUUGUGAAAUGGAUGAGGAGAACGGCUUCAUGAUCCAGUGUGAAGAGUGCCUGUGCUGGCAGCACAGCGUGUGCAUGGGGCUGCUGGAGGAGAGCAUCCCCGAGCAGUACGUGUGCUACAUCUGCAGGGACCCUCCCGGUCAGAGGUGGAGUGCAAAGUACCGCUAUGACAAGGACUGGCUGGACAACGGGAGAAUGUGCGGGCUCUCCUUCUUGAAGGAAAACUACUCUCAUCUCAACGCCAAGAAGAUAGUUUCCACACACCACCUGCUUGCCGAUGUGUAUGGAGUCACGCAAGUCCUGCACGGGCUCCAGCUGCAGAUCGGGAUUCUGAAGAACAAACAUCACCCCGACCUUCGUCUCUGGGCUUGUUCUGGGAAGCGAAAAGACCCAGAUCAAGGAAUCACGGGGCUAGAGAAAAAAAUAGCAGUGCAAGACGCAAGGAGUAUCGAGGAGAAGAAAUACCAUGCGCAGAACCAUAAAGAACCGCCCCGGGUGCCCCCCAGAAUGGAAGGGACUUACAUAACAAGUGAGCACAGCUACCAGAAGCCACAGAAUUUUGGUCAAGACUGCAAAUCUCUCGCAGACCCCGGGAGCUCAGAUGACGACGAUGUUAGCAGUUUUGAAGAGGAACAGGAAUUCCACAUGAGAGACAAAAACCGCUCCCAGUAUGCACUGAGAGAAGAUGGGAUGCCUGAAAAGAAUCCAGCUGAAAGGAAUACGGUGUUUAUUUAUAACGAUAAACAGGGCCCCGAAGACCCAGGCGACUCUCAUCUUCAGUGGCAGCUCAAUCUCCUGGCACACAUAGAGGAUGUCCAGAACGAAGUCACCAGCAGGAUGGACCUCAUAGAAAAAGAAGUCGACGUUCUGGAAAGCUGGCUUGACUUCACAGGGGAGUUGGAGCCCCCGGACCCUCUAGCAAGACUGCCUCAGCUCAAGCGUCACAUCAAACAGCUCCUGCUCGACCUGGGCAAAGUGCAGCAGAUAGCAGCUCUCUGCUCCGUAUGACGGCAGCGAGACCCGAGUGAGAAGGCCGUGGGCCUCUUCGGUCGAUGAUUCUUAUUACCCACAGGACCGCCGAGUGGAUAGUUCUACAGAGCUUAGUGCCCUUUGGUCAUUCACUGACUUGUGACGUCAAUGGGAUGGCACCUUGGACAGCAAGAGGAAGGACGGCUUGAUCGAGGAGGCUGCAGAUGAGAACGCGGUCUGUGCCAGGUACCGCUGAAGGAAAUCGAGGAAAUCGAGCUGGCAGCACCUUUGAAUAGCUGCCUACCCGAAGCUCGAGAUGCCCGUAGAAAGGAACCUGGCGUGCUUCUGUAAUCUUUAGUAGGAGGUCCAUGUUAUGAACCAGCAUUUGGCCAAAUGCAAAGUUGUAGAGGAACUGAAAAUUCUGGGGAGUUCUCCAAGGCCGCCUGUGUGAACUGUCUUCUCCGCAGUUGGUCCAGCCACACCGAGCCCUCGAGUGUGUAGGCUAGUAGCGGAUCAUGAGCUGUUUCUUAGGUGAUGAGUGUCCUUGGUCAGAAGACUGACAGCGGGAGCCUCACUUGUGCGGAUUCUUCCUUCCUUACGAUGACACAUUUAAAAGCAGAUGCCAAAUAAUUGGAAUUUAUUUUGCAGGCGUUAAGCUCAUUAUAAACAGAACGGCUCGCAGAAGGGUCAGUGUGCCAAAUGACAAUGCUGCCGCUGGGGGAGACCGUUCACGCCCCUGGGAGCCCUCCCACGUCUCCCACAGGCCGUCAGCCCGUCCGCAGCCCCGUGCCUCCCGUGCUCCACACGUACCGUCUAGAGUCGGAGGCGGGAUUCAGGCAUCAGCUACAGUUUGGUCCUGAGUCUGCCUGCUGUUGGCCUUCAGAUAAAAGUUGUAAAAAACCUCAGCUGGCAUGAGGAGUGACAAAACGGUCAAGAUAAUUUGUGGCUGUGGAUUUUGUAACUGCUGGUAGCGGAAUACUGGAAAAGCCUCUUUUCUGAAGAUGAAUUAUAUUUUUAAAAAAUACGUGCACACUCAAAACGUUUAGCUUUGGUCACCAGUGGACACAUUUCUGAAGCCAAAGGCAAGUCUG